AUGGCAGAGCAGCUUGAGGAUCUGCCAUUUUACGACAAAGAGGAAGCUCAUCCCCGGGGAGAGGGAACCUCCACCCUGGCCUUCGUUUUCGAUGUGACGGGCUCCAUGUACGACGACCUGCUUCAGGUCAUGGAGGGAGCGGCGAAAAUCCUGGACAGCACCCUGCGCAGAGCCAGCACUCCCAUCUCGAACUUUGCACUAGUGCCUUUCCAUGACCCAGAAAUUGGUCCUGUUACUGUCACCUCGGAUUCAAAGAGAUUUCAAAGAGAACUCCGUGAUCUGUAUGUACAGGGUGGUGGGGACUGCCCAGAGAUGAGUAUGGGAGCAAUUAAGCAAGCGCUUGAAGUAUCCCAACCUAGUUCUUUUAUCUAUGUCUUCACUGAUGCCCGGGCAAAGGACUAUCAACUGACGAAGGAUGUCCUGCAACUCAUCCAACUGAAGCAGUCCCAGGUUGUGUUUGUGUUAACUGGAGACUGUGGGGACAGAGGCCAUCCCGGUUAUCGAGCAUUUGAAGAGGUUGCUUCAACGAGUUCAGGUCAAAUAUUCCACUUGGAUAAACAGCAGGUCAAUGAGGUGCUGAAAUGGGUUGAAAGAACUAUCCAGGUUUCUAAAGUUCAUCUUCUGUCCACUGAUCAUAAGGAGAGGGAGGAGCAUCUCUGGCUGGUGCCCUUUGAUCCUAACCUAAAAGAAGUCACCAUUUCUCUCAGUGGCCCCAUGCCAACCAUAGAAAUUCUGGAUCCCUUAGGGCGAUUCAUGUGGAGAGGAUUGGGUUUGAAUGAACUGUUGAACAUUCCGAACUCAGCACGAGUUGUCAAUGUGAAAAAUCCAUGGCCUGGAAUGUGGACAAUCAAGCUCCGCAGCACUGGACGCCACUCCGCACGGAUCACAGGAGUCAGUAGUAUCGAUUUCCGAGCUGGGUUUUCUACAGAGCCUACUUCAGAUUUCCAAAAGACGAGUGAGCGUCCAAUUCAAGGAAUCCCAACCCAUGUAUUGUUGAACUGCUCAGGCCUGCAUCCUCCAGGGCAGCUUGACCAAUUAGAGCUCCUCAGUACUUCUGGAGAGACUCUGAUGAAUCUGCCCAUUAGGCCUAAUUCCAGCCAAAACACAAACACCAUCUGGAAAGUUCCAGAAUUCAUGCCACCCAACGAAAACUUCUUCUUGAAAGUGACUGGAUACAAUAGAGAAGGUUAUCGUUUUCAGCGUCUAUCCAGUGUCUCCUACACAAACCUGGUCCCUGGACCUCCGGUAGUGAGCAUGCCCAGGCAAACUCACUGUUACUACAUGCAGCCCACAUCGAUUCGGUGCUCCGUGAAGAGUCUGAUUCCAUUCACACUGAGAAUCAUCAGAAAUGGGACCAGAAUUGAGUCAGACCGUCUGUUUCAGGGCUCAGUGAAUACUACAUGGGAAAUCCCAAGUGUUUCUGGAGCUGAUGAAGGUUUUUAUGAUUGUGUUGCUAUCAGUAACUCAGGCACAGGUAUAGCUCGAACAUUCUUGGUUGUUACUGAACCACCUCCUAUUGUGGAAACACCUCAAAACGUCACAGCAUUCCCUGGGGAUCAGGUAGUCCUGACGUGCAAAGUUUUUGGAAGCAUCCGAUAUAAUAUUACUUGGAUGCGAGAUGGAACUGAGCUUCAGGAUGACAAUGAGUACAUCACCCCCUUGAGAAACUCGUCAUUGGCAUUUUGGAAUGUGCAGUCAGAGAAUGCUGGGCGCUAUGAAUGUGUGGCAGUCAAUAUGCAGGGAUCAAGUCAAGCCUCUGUGUGGCUCUUUAUCCCUGAUUCCCCACAUGUUACUGUCAUUCCCAGCUCACAGAACUUUCUGAGGGCAAUGGAGGUCCAAAUACACUGCACUGUCACUGGUUACCCUGAUCCUGAAGUUGUCUGGAUUCAUAAGGAUACUCUUGUAACAAAUAAUGAUAGGUUUGUCAUUAAUGAGUUUGGUACUUUAAUAAUAAAAGAUGCUGUCCCAAAGGAUGCUGGGAAUUACACCUGCCUUGCAUCAAACUCAGUUGGAACAGACAAAGGAGAAGCAAAGUUGAAAUACUUGGAGAUCCCUACAAUUACUGUGCCGAAUCCAGUGAUACUUGCUGUGGUUACAGGUGUUGCAUUGCUGGAAUGUCAAACUGCGGGAGUUCCACAACCUGAGGUCAAAUGGUACAAAGGUGACCUGGAGCUGGCCCUUGUCCCAUUUACAGAAAUUGAUCCAGUUCAUGGUACACUGUGGAUAAGGAAAGUGCAGCAGGUGGAUGCUGGAGAAUAUACCUGCGUGGCUAGUAAUGAGGCUGGCAGAUCCUCUGCCACAAUAAUGUUAGACGUUGGUUCUGCUCCUCUGUUCAUGGAGAUGCCCUCUGAUAUAUCAGUGACUAUUGGCAAGAAUGUGACAUUGCCUUGCAGUGCAGUUGGGGAACCAGUUCCACAGGUCACCUGGCGACGUCUUGAUGGACAGCCCAUCUUUUCCAAAACUGAUUCAAUGAGCUUUUUCAGCCAGCUGGAGUCGGGCAGUUUGUUCAUAGAGGGUGUGUGGUUGGACGAUGAAGGUAUGUAUGUUUGUGAGGCGCAGAAUCUGUUUGGAGUGAUCCGUUCUGAGGUAGCAUUGACCAUCAGCGGUCUUGUCGCCCCUCAGGUAGUUGAAAGUGCCUCAGUCAUCAAUGUUCUGGAGGGUCGGUCUCUAACAUUACCAUGUGUGGUACUGGCUGGAAAUCCAUUCCCUGAGCAUUACUGGUUAAAGGACAAUCAGCUGUUAAGUUUGGACAGUCGUCUGUCAAUCCGAAGUGAUGGCAGUUUCUUUAUUGAGAGAACAGAGCAAGGAGAUGCUGGAAAGUACGUCUGCACCAUCAGAAAUGUGGUGGGAUCUGUUAAUAAGACCAUCACAGUGUAUGUUCAUGUUCUACCUUCAAUUAAACAUGGGCAAACUGUUUACAUCACUGAUGAGGGGGUGGCUGUCACUCUGCUUUGUGAAUCCAGUGGAACUCCAAAACCAACCAUCGUUUGGUCCAAGGGUAGGGAGCUCAUAUCUCGACAUGAACCACAAUAUUCAAUCGAUGCAAGUGGAAAGCUCCUGAUCCCAUACCCAUCAGCAGAAGAUUCUGGAAUCUACAUCUGCACUGCAACAAAUGUAGCAGGGGUUUCCAGCAGAGAAAUGCAGCUGUUUGUCCACACAAAACCUCAGAUUGAUGGAGUGAACCCAGAUAAUUUGGACAAACCAAUUAAAAUCACAGCCACAGCUGGGACAGACGUGACACUACCCUGUGAAGUUCAGGGCUCCCCUCCUCCAAUUAUCAGGUGGAAGAAAGACUCGCGUCUGGUACCACUCGUAUCAGUACCAUUUAGGUACACAGUCUUGCCAUUGGGGACACUGAUGAUCUUGGACUCAAGAGCAUCUGACAGCGGUCUCUAUAAAUGCUCAGCUAUAAACAGAGCAGGGAAUGCCUCACUGACAUUGCAACUCAUUGUUCAAGUUCCUCCCAAAAUCCAUCUGUCUCAUCAUCUCCUGAAGGUAAUCGUAGGUCAGUCCAUUGACCUUCCCUGCCUGGCACAUGGUGAUCCAACUCCAAAAAUCAGGUGGUAUAAGGAUGAUGAAGCCCUGCUGCAGGGUGCCACAGAUUCACUGGAUGGUCCUGAUGGCUCAAUCAACAUUGCAGACGUGGAACUCUCUGAUGCUGGGAUUUAUCGUUGUGAAGCAACCAAUAAUGCUGGACAUGAUAUGAUUCAAAUGACACUGGAAGUCUUGGAACCACCGUUAUUUGCUGAAGACAUCACCCAAAUUAAUGCCAAACAAGAACGGUUGGCCAGAGAGAAAGUCAUACUUCCCUGCCCAGUUAAUGGAACUCCUCCACCAGUUAUACGCUGGCUGAAGAAUGGCUUAGAUCUUCCAGCUCAUGAACCAGGAAUUUCAGUACUUGAGGAUGGCUCUCUUCUCAUUGAUUCAGCUUCACCCUAUGAUAGUGGAGAUUAUUUGUGUGUUGCAAUGAAUGUGGCUGGCUCUUCCAAAAGGAAAUAUCGAUUGAAUGUCCAAGCUCCUCCUGAGAUUCGAGGAAAUGGCCAAGUACAGAACAUCACAGUGUCGGUUAAUCAGCCAUUGAUGUUGGAGUGCGAUGCCAGUGGCAGCCCAACACCAACCCUCAGUUGGUACAAAAAUGAGCAGCGGGUGACAGAGACCAGUAGGGUCCGACUCUUGAACGGUGGCCAAGUACUGCGACUUUCAAAAUCCCGCAAAGGCGACAGUGGAGUGUAUUCUUGCAAUGCUGUUAAUGUUGCUGGCACAGCCAAAAAAUAUUUCAAUCUACUGGUGCAGGUACCUCCCUCAAUCUAUGGAUCUGGAGUUACUCAAGAGGUGGCAAUUUUGGAGAAUUCUAAACUUGAACUCACGUGCCGUGCCAGUGGAGUCCCUUUUCCACACAUUGCAUGGAAUAAGGAUGGAGAAGCCCUAUCUCCAGGUGUCCAAUAUGUGGAGUUUACUGAAGAAGGACAGACAUUACGCAUUCAAACAUCUCAUCUCAUCGAUCAAGGCCUCUAUCAGUGUGUUGCCUUCAACUCAGCUGGACAGAAAAGCAAACACUUCAAAGUCAAUGUUUACGUCCCUCCCACAAUCCAAGGAGCAAAUGAUACCAAGGAGGUAAUUGCCCAGUUGAAGAGUUACGUCAGUCUACAGUGUGAUGCACAUGGAAUUCCUGUCCCAGGAAUUACAUGGCUGAAAGAUGGACGACCAAUUGUAUCCAGCUCAAAAAUGACGUAUGUUGAAAGAGGACAAUUUUUGCUGAUUAACGAGGUACAGGCAUCUGAUCAAGGUUGGUACACAUGCAGAGCAAGGAACAUUGCAGGCAGUAUGGAGAAGUCUUACAGAAUGCAGGUUUAUGUUCCGCCUCGUAUUGAAGGUCGCUUGCACCAUCCGCUGAAGACAAAAGCAAUAGUUGGUCAUUCUUUGACAUUAACCUGUUCCUCAAGUGGUUACCCUCCUCCUAUCCUCUCUUGGCUCAAAGAUGGUGUCUCAUUGACAGACAGUGACAGAAUACAAUUGAUGGGUGAAGGAAAGACCCUUAAGAUUGAAAAUGUCAGAGAGAGUGAUGCUGGCACCUAUACAUGUAUGGCUACCAGUGCUGCUGGAGAAGAACAUCUUCAAUACACUGUGGACAUCUUAGUCCCUCCACACCUGUUGAUCGAAGAAUCUUCUCAUGUGACUGUGACCAUUGAUAAUCCUCUGGAACUGGCAUGCAAAGUGACUGGCAGUCCACCCCCAACGAUUACAUGGCUGAGGAAUAAUAUUAUGCUCACUGAACUCGAUGGUGCCCAGGUGUCAGCUCACGGGAGCAAACUUUAUAUUCCUCGUUUGAAGUCAGUGGAUGUCGGUCGUUAUGUAUGUGUGGCCAGAAAUGAAGCUGGGGAAAGGAGAAGAGAAUUUAAUGUCACAAUUCAUGUACCCCCAGUAGUGACAACUGUAGGAGUUGAGAAUUUGGUCAUCGUGGUUGGGAAAUCUGCGAUACUGGAAUGCACUGCUACUGGAAUUCCGACACCAACGAUCACAUGGUUGAAGAACAGUCAGCUACUGACUGAAACCAGUGGGAGACUCAAGAUUGAGAAAGUGACUCAACAAGAUGGGGGUAUCUACUCUUGUAUAGCAACGAACGGGGCAGGUGAAUCUCAGCAAGAUACCAGAGUGACUGUGUAUGAGCCUCCUGUUAUAAAUAAGUCUGUGGAUACAAACAAAACUGUAACAAUGAAUCUCCCAGUAUCUUUUGAGUGCCUUGCCUCUGGAACUCCACCCCCUGUGUUGACUUGGUUCAAGGGGCAGAAGCUGAUCAUGGAUUUGGCUGGUGGUAGCGUGUUGGAGAAUGGAAGAACUUUGAGGAUACAGAAUGCCCAGGUGUCUGAUGGCGGACAAUAUCGCUGUGUGGCAACCAAUGUAGCUGGCAGCACAGAGCUGCAAUAUAGCUUAAAGGUUUAUGUUCCACCAGUGAUCUCAACUGCUCUGCACCUGGUUACUGUCCUUAUAAACCAACCCAUUGAACUUCAGUGUGAAGCGACAGGAGACCCUCCUCCUAAAAUAACAUGGUUAAAAGACAAUACCCCUAUCUCCAUGAUGACUGAAGGGUUAAAGUUCCUGUUGGAAGGUCAGAUUCUGUCCUUAGCCAGCGCACACUUCUCUGAUUCAGGAGUGUACUCCUGUGUAGCUGUUAACCCUGCUGGAGAGGACCAGAAGAAAAUUCAUCUGCACGUUUAUCUUCCACCAAGUAUUCUGGGAGAGGAACAGAAUGUUUCUGUAACUUUGAAUGACUACGUAUCCUUGGACUGCCAGAGUCAAGCAUUCCCACCACCCACCCUUCACUGGACAAAGGAUGGUCAACCUCUACCAAUGCGUGCAGAUCAUAGACUCUCUGAAAAUGCCAGUCUCUUCGAGAUCAAGAGUGCCCAAAUUCAAGAUGCUGGCCGCUAUACUUGCGAGGCUUCAAAUAAUGCUGGAAAAACAGAGAAGAACUACAACUUACACGUCUGGGUGCCUCCAACAUUUUAUGGAUUAAAGGAACAAAUACCUGUGACAGUAAUUGAAGGAAACACAAUGAGUUUGUUUUGUGAUUGCAUUGGGAUUCCUUACCCGAUCCUUGAGUGGCAAAAGAAUGGAAAACCACUGUCUACAGUGAAAGAUGAUAGAAUUACUGUUUCCUCUGGUGGACAAAUGCUACAAAUAUCUCAAACUCGGAUAUCAGAUGCUGGAAACUACACAUGCAUAGGGACUAAUUUAGCUGGGACAAACAAACAAGACUAUAGUGUGGAGGUUUAUGUGAUGCCUAGUAUCAAGAAUGGUGAUAGGCAGCCAACAGAAAUUUCAAUUACCAGGGGAGCUGAGAUCACGUUAGAAUGUGAAGCUAAUGGAGUUCCAUGGCCAACAUUGACAUGGAUGAAAGAUGGGCGUCCUGUGGUGAACAGACGAGGCAUCCAAGUGGAGAACGAAGGACGGUCUCUGAAAAUUCAAACGGCACAGGAAGACAGCACAGGCCGGUACACUUGUCUGGCUAUUAAUGUGGCUGGACAAUCAGACAGGAAGUUUGAUUUGAGUGUUCAUGUCCGUCCAGCUAUCAUUGGGGAGAUUGGGCCUCCAGAAAAUAUCAGCACCCUCUUGAGCAACUCGAUCUCACUGAUAUGUGAGGCCACUGGCGUCCCUCCACCUGUCUUCACCUGGUUCAGAAAUGGAUCACCUAUUGUCUCCAGUACAAGGAUGCAAAUACUGUCAGGUGGACGAACCCUUAAAUUGACUCGUGUGCUCAUGGGAGAUGCCGGCCAUUAUUCCUGUGUAGCCAGCAACAGUGUAGGGGAAGCAGCAAAGGAUUUUCAUGUGGAUGUGCUGAGUCCGCCCAGUAUUUUAAAUGAAAAUCAGGUGGAAAAGGUGGAAGUUAAGCAAAAACAGGACAUCAACAUGACUUGUUUGGCCACAGGCAAUCCAAAGCCGCAGCUUACUUGGCUGAGAGAUGGUCAGGAACUGAAUGACAGUACAGAUUAUCGGGUUUCAUCAGAUGGGUCUGUUCUGGAAAUCUUCAAAGCAACUUUGUCUCAUACAGGACAGUACACUUGUGUCGCAAGUAACUCUGUGGGUGACAAAUCCAUAAAUUACCAUCUCAGUGUUCUAGUUACACCCAGAAUUCCCAAUAUUGGUGAAGAUGGCACUCCAGAGGAUGUCAUCGUUAUUGUGAAUAAUCCAACUUCAUUGGCAUGUGAGGCUGAGGCCUAUCCGAGCCCAACCAUCACCUGGCUCAAGGACGGCAUACCCUUUAAGGCUUCCAGGAAUAUCCAUCUAUUGCCAGGAGGUCGUGGACUCCAGAUUCUGAAUGUACAGGAAGAAAAUGCUGGUCGCUACAGCUGUGUUGUGACAAAUAUAGCAGGGGAAGCUGUCAAGGACUAUGAGCUCAAAGUCUUCAUUCCUCCAGUUAUAGCAAAGGAUGAUCAGACAGCAGGAGGUUUUCGGGUCACUCAGGUGAAGACCAAGGUGAACACCACAUUGACACUGGUGUGUGAAUCAUGGGCAACCCCAGUUCCUGCUCUUCGCUGGUAUAAGGAUGGUCAGCUGUUGACAGGAACUGAACAUCUUCAGAUUCUUGACGAAGGACAUAUCCUCCAAAUAAGGUACACAAGGGUGUCAGACACGGGUCGUUACACUUGUGUGGCCACAAACAUUGCAGGGGAAGAUGAGAAGGAUUUUCAUGUCAACAUUCAAGUGCCUCCAAUCUUCCAGAAGCUAUAUGGUGUGAAUGCUGCCUGGGAGAUGAUACACCGGGUGGAUGAAGCAGAGGAGAUUGUUGAGCAUCGUGAAGUGAUUGUGAACAACCCUGUUUCUCUUUACUGUGAGACUAAUGCCAUUCCACCUCCCACUCUAUCCUGGUACAAGGAUGGUGAAGCUCUCUCUGCCACAGAUGAUGUCCUGAUUCUUCCAGGGAGCCAUAUUCUGCAGAUCCCCAGGGUCCGAGCUAAUGAUGCUGGGAGAUAUACAUGCCGAGCUGUCAAUGAGGUUGGAGAGGACCAACUGCACUAUGAGCUUGUCAUCCUGAUCCCUCCUGUUAUUCAUUCAGAAGGUGGAGAGUUUGGAGAGGAGCUGGUGUCAGUUGUUAACAAAACAGUUAAACUGCAUUGUGAGGCAGCAGGGAAGCCGCCACCUUCCAUAUUUUGGUUCAGAGACAGCCUACCCAUUGCAACAGACUCUAGAUACCAACUUUUGAAUAAUGGCAGCAUUCUGCAGAUUCACGCGGUGCAGGCAUCUGAUGCAGCUGGCUACAUUUGUCUAGCAGAAAACCCAGCAGGAAGCACAAAGAAGCUUUUCAGCCUUCGUGUUCAAGUGCCUCCCAUGCUUCUGGGCUCCUCUCCAGAAAACGUCAGUGUUGUGAUGAAUAAUCCCAUUUGGUUAACAUGUGAAUACCGAGCAGUACCUUCAGCAGACAUCGAAUGGUACAAAAAUGGACAGUUGCUGCAAUCCCGCACUGACAUGCUGAUUCUUCCAGGUGGUCAUAUCCUUCACAUUCCCAGAGCAAAGACAGAACACAAUGGCAACUACGUUUGUGUUGCCACCAAUGCAGCAGGGAGAGACAUGAAGGACAUUCACCUCCAUGUAUAUCUCCCACCCUCCAUUAAAUACCAUGGUGACAGUUACUCUGAGGCCAUCACAAUCCGUGCUGGAGAGACAGCUACUCUCAGAUGUGAAUCAGAAGCAAUACCAGUCCCUACUGUUAUGUGGUAUAAGAAUGAUCACCAUCUGGCUUUGGUAAAUGGAACCCAAAUCCUAUCUGACGGUCAAAUACUCCAAAUACAAGAUGCUCAGGUUACAGAUUCUGGGCAUUAUAUGUGCAAUGUUGCCAACCUGGCUGGACACAUGAAAAGGACCUUCCGGCUGAAUGUACACUCCCCACCAACUUUUGAAGAGCCUUUGGAAGAGGUUAUUUAUCAGACAGCUGGCAAUGCCUUUGGCCUAUCAUGCCAGUCAUUGGGAGUUCCACCACCCACAAUCACUUGGCUCAAGGAUGGAGAACCAUUAGACAGUAGUAACAGCCAGGAUUGGCAUAUCUUAUCCAGUGGUAGUAGACUCCAAACCAUCCAGUUGCAGAUUUUCCAUUCUGGGAAUUACUCCUGCUUGGCAAGGAAUUCUGAGGGAGAAGUUCGUAAACAUUUCUCACUCUUCAUUCAAGUGCCACCAAGCAUUCUUGGCUCAACUGUGCCCACUGAAUAUGAUGCCAUAGAGAAUGAAGAUGUGAAAUUGGAAUGUGUGGCUACAGGAGAACCAAAACCCAUUCUAAAGUGGUUCAAAGAGGGCCAACCAUUAGAAACACUGACAAAAGCACACUUCAACUUGACCUCAGAUGGUAGCUCCUUGGAUAUAAAAGGAGUUUUGGUUUCAGACACAGGAAAAUACACUUGUGUGGCAUGGAAUCCUGCUGGAGAAGAGACAAAAAUGUACAUACUCAAAGUACUCAUACCUCCGAAUAUCAGUGGAGUCUCCAGCCAUCCUGAGAUCAUCACGGUAGUGCCGAAUGCAGUGGUUACACUUGAAUGCAGAGCUGCUGGUACCCCUCCUCCACAGCUCACCUGGUUAAAGGAUGGAUUACCACUUCCCAUCUCAUCCCAUGUGAGGCUGCUGUUGGCUGGUCAGUUGCUGAGGAUUGCUCACGUUCAGAUUUCUGACGCUGGAACCUACACUUGUGUCGCUGAGAGUCAGGCGGGCAUGACAGAGCGGCAUUACCAACUGCAAGUUCAAGUUCCACCCAGGUUUGAGAAUUCUGGAGACUCUGAAGAAAUGAUGGUCGUCAGAGGAGCUUCUGUGUCUUUCACAUGUGAUGCUGGUGGAAUUCCACCCCCUGUGUUCUCCUGGUUAAAAGAUGGUGAACUGCUGGUGCUCAACGACCUAAGUCUCAAGAGUCAUGAGAUGAAGCUGCAGCUACCCUCUGUGGACAUAAGUGACUCUGGAUGGUACUCCUGCAUUGCCGUGAAUGAUGCAGGCAAGGCUACAAGACACUUCCACUUGGUUGUCAUGGAGCCGCCACAGAUUUCUGACUCUGAGAUGCCACAGGAAGUGUCUUUUGUGCUAAGUAGCCUACUGGAGUUGGUGUGCACAGCAAUAGGAGUCCCUGCUCCUGAAAUAAGCUGGAUGAAGGACGGAGUGCCUCUUGAUGGAACAGGCUUGGUGCUGAAUGAUGGAAAGGUGCUCCGGAUAGAAAGGGUGCAGGUAGAAGAUGCUGGACUGUAUACCUGUCUAGCAGUAAAUCUGGCUGGUGAGGAUCAGCUGCAAUAUUUAGUCAGGAUAAAUGUUCCUCCAAAUAUCAUUGGCUCCAGUGAUGUUCAGAUGGUUACUUUGUUGGCUGAAGAACAGCUAACACUGGAAUGCAAGUCUGAAGCUGAUCCGCCUCCCGUUGUUGAAUGGUUCAAGGAUGAUGUACUAUUACAGGCAAAUUCUCAUAUCCAGAAUGUGCCAGAUAGACAAUACUUGUUGAUCGAUAAUGUUGGACCAUCAGAUGCUGGCAUGUACAGUUGCCUUCUUAGCAACAUUGCAGGUCAAAUGACUCAUUCCUUCAAUGUCGUUAUUCAUGUUACCCCGACAAUUAAAGCCAACUCCCCGUCACUGUCAGUCAUUAUCAACCAGGUUGCUUUAUUGGAAUGUGAGGCCGAAGGCAUUCCAAAACCAACAGUCACUUGGAGAAAAGAUGGCAAUUUGCUGCCUACAGGCAGCCCCAGGUUUGACUUUCUUUCUGAGGGAUCCCUACAGAUCCACUCUGUCCAGGUUUCGGAUGCUGGCCACUAUCUUUGCACAGCAUCAAAUGCAGUUGGAACAGAUCAUCAUAGGAUCGAACUACAAGUCUUGGAUGCUCCCAUCAUCAGUCCUGCUCCAACUAACAUCACUGCUUUGGCAAAUGUUCAAGCAGAGUUGAGCUGUGAGGUUUCAGGAACCCCUAAACCUGAGGUGAUCUGGAAGAAAAAUGGUAAACCUCUGAACUUUAAGCUGCAACAGAACAUGUACAGGUUGUUGCCUUCGGGAUCGCUGGUGAUCAUUUCGGCCACCACUCAGGAUACAGCACUGUAUGAGUGUGUGGUGUCUAAUGAGGCAGGUGAUUCCCACAGGCUCAUCCAAUUCACGGUCCACGUUCCCCCAUCGAUUGCUGAUGACUCUCCAAAUGUUACAAUCACUAAAAUGUCCUCGGUGGUGUUGACAUGUCACGCAACUGGAAUUCCAGAGCCUGUAGUGAGCUGGAUGAAGGAUGGAGCUCAAAUGGGGAACCGAGGACCAGGGUACAAAAUCCUGCCCACAGGAAGUCUGGAAGUUACCACAGCAACCCUGAGCCAUGCUGGCAGCUACAUGUGUACAGCUCGUAAUGUGGUGGGGACAGCAUACAGACAUGUAACACUAAUUGUGCAAGAGCCUCCUGUUAUCAAGCCCCUACCUUCCACAGUGGAAACUGUAGUGAAUAGAGGUAUUAUCCUGCCCUGUGAGUCAACAGGCACACCAAGACCCAGUAUUACCUGGCAGAAAGAGGGUGCCACCAUCACAAACACAGGUUAUCUCUUACUGGCUAAUGGAGCACUGGAGAUCACCAGAGCCACGGAGGAGUAUUCAGGGAAUUACAUGUGUAUUGCCCAAAAUCCAGCUGGCACUGCUCUGGGCAAGACAAAACUGGUGGUCCAAGUUCCCCCGAUUAUCAAAGCUCACAGCAGGGAAUAUAAAGCCACCAUUGACCACCCUGCAACUUUACCAUGCGAGGCAGAGGGGCACCCAAAACCAGAGGUAACAUGGGUGAAAGAUGGCCGCACCAUUGCUAACCAGAUGCGCCUGCAAACAUUUGCAAAUGGAUCCCUACAGAUUCUACCGAUCCAGCUUGCGGAUGCAGGAUGGUACACGUGCGUCGCCAGGAACAAGGCAGGGGUGGUCAGCCUGGACACUAUUCUUGUGGUGCAGGUUCCACCAUCAAUUGUAAUUGGUCAGUUGGAGUUGUCAGUGUUGGAGGACUCGCAGGCUCUUUUGCCAUGUGUAACUCAGGGAUCACCGGCACCUGUGGUAUACUGGGAGAAGGAUGGUGUUGCAGUGCCAGAUGUUUCAGGAAAAUUCACUGUAUUGCAGUCUGGAGAACUGAUUGUGGAAAAUACAACGCCAGAGGACGCCGGUGUCUAUACCUGCACAGCAGUGAGUGCAGCCGGGAAGGCCAGCCAUGAUAUCCACCUGUUUGUAAGUGUUCAACCAGCAUUCACGGAACUCCCUGCAGAUGUGUCUCUGCACAAAGGGGAAAGGCUUUUAUUGACAUGUGCUGCAAAGGGCCUUCCGAUUCCACUCGUCAGCUGGAAUUUCAAUAACAAACCUAUAACAGCGAAAGAUUCUGGGAAAGAAGGUCGAAGUGAGCUGAUAAUAGAAAAGGUAUCCAAAGAACAUUCUGGUACUUACGUGUGCACAGCAGAAAGUGAUGUAGGAAUGAUCAAGGCAGUUGGAUUUGUCGCUGUGAAAGAGGCACCAGUACUCCAAGGUGAGGUCACUGCUUACCAGACGGAGCCCCUGGGAGGGAAUGUUGUUUUGAACUGUGAUGCCCAUGGAGAUCCAGCACCAUCAAUAAACUGGAAUAAAAAUGGCAGACCUCUCACUGUUAGUAAUCGCAUUCGACAAAUGAAUAAUGGUUCAUUGGCCAUCUAUGGGACAGUGAAUGAAGAUGCCGGAGAUUACAAGUGUGUUGCUGAAAAUGAAGCUGGAGUAGUGGAAAGGAAAGUCACUCUGAUGCUGCAGAGUGCACCUGUGUUCACUGUGGAACCUUUGCAUACAGUUGUGAGUGUAGGGGACAGGGUCUUAUUGCAUUGCCAGGCAGCAGGUGAGCCUUCACCCACAGUGGAGUGGACCAAAAAUGGACACCCGAUCAGAGAGAAUGGGCGCCUGGUUGUGUUACAGAAUUCCACACUGCAAAUCCUCUCUGCUGUGAAGGAAGACACAGGACAAUACGAAUGUGUAGCCCGGAAUCUCAUGGGAUCUUCCUUUGUAGGAAUAACAGUAACUGUGCAAGUGCAUGGUGGAUUUUCAGAAUGGUUGAACUGGGGACCCUGCAGUGUUACCUGUGGCCAAGGGAUCAAAGAGCGAAUCCGUUUGUGCAACAAUCCUUUACCGGCCAAUGGAGGAAGAUCAUGUCAUGGCUGGGAUGUAGAGUCAAGGCAAUGUAAUGCAAAGCCUUGUCCAGUUCAUGGGCAGUGGUCCCUCUGGGGUGCAUGGGAAGGAUGCUCCCAAAGCUGUGGACAGGGAAACCAAACCCGUAGGCGAAGCUGCAGUGAUCCACCCACACAGCACGGAGGUCGGCCAUGUGAGGGGAAGGCGACUGAGGUGAAAAAAUGCAUCUUUGUUCCAUGUCCUGUGGAUGGACAGUGGACAGCUUGGAACAGCUGGUCACGUUGCUCAGCUUCCUGUGGGGGAGGAGUCCACCAGCGGACCCGUUCAUGUUUUGAUCCACCGCCUCAGUAUGGAGGCAACCUAUGUGAAGGAAGUAAUGUCGAUGUAGUACGGUGCAACACUGAGCCAUGCCCAGUGAAUGGGAACUGGGGCUCCUGGAGCUCCUGGAAUCCAUGCAGUCAGACCUGUGGCGGUGGACAAAGCAAGCGUUACCGAUCAUGUAGCAACCCAGCCCCUGCCAACGGUGGCAAUAUUUGUUCAGGGGUAAAUGUGCAGAUGCAGCGCUGCGGUAUAGACCUGUGCCCUGUGAAUGGUGGUUGGAGCCCAUGGCAACCAUGGAGUGAAUGUUCAGCUUCUUGUGGAGGAGGGACACAGUUGAGAAAACGGCAGUGCAACAGUCCUCCCCCGAACGGCAAUGGAAGAGGCUGCCCUGGAGAGAGUUUCCAAACAGCCAGCUGCAGCUACCACCCGUGUCCAGGUGUUCCAGGGAGAGCCAGGGGCAGUCUGAUUGGAAUCAUUAAUGACAAAGAAUUUGGAAUCGCAUUUCUUGAUGCAAACAUCACAGCUAAUGCAGCUGCAGGCACUACAACCCUUCAGGCAAACAUUCAGAACAUUCCAAGCACAAUCGGUCCCCUGGUAAGAGUACUCGCCUCAGUAUUUACCCCCAUUUAUUGGUCGGUGGCCUUUCCUGCACCAGGCACAGCAAAUGGCUUCAUUCUGACUAAAGGAGUUUUCAGGCAAGAAUCUCAAAUGGAAUUUGCAACAGGUGAGAUCCUACGAAUGACGCACGUUGCCCGGGGAGUAGACACAGAGGGUGUCCUACUGUUUGACGUAGUGAUCAAUGGUUAUAUCCCCAGAAACAUAGAGAGUGCAGACAUUGCUGUGAAGGAUUUCAGUGAAAAGUAUGUCCAAACGGGUCCAGGACAACUCUAUGUUUCAUCAACCCAAACAUUUCUUAACAAUGGCUCCCCUGUUUCCUUCCACUGUAACCACACCAUUGAGUAUGAGUCUGGGAUGGGCAAUCAGCCUUCACCCUUUCAGAUUUUGAAGGCUGAAUACAUCUCUGUCUUCUACAAUGUGAAGAUGGAGGAGCUGAAUUUCAGGAUCACUGUCUCCUUCCAGAAGGGUUCCACUGAAGGUCAGUGUCCAAGAGGAUAUAUCCUUGAUUCAUCCUCGUAUUGUACAGAUAUUGAUGAAUGUCAGCUUGGGAUUCACAUGUGUCACUUUGGGCAAAACUGUCAAAACGAGGCUGGCUCAUAUCGCUGUCUGGUGCGAUGUGGGAUUGGUUUUAAGCAGUCAGCAGAAGGAGCUCAUUGUGAAGAUAUUAAUGAGUGUGAGGAGUCAGCCAGCCCACCCUGUCAACAGCGCUGCCUCAAUGCUGUUGGUACCUACCGAUGUGGCUGUGAUCCUGGUUAUCAGCGCAGGGGACAGCAUUGCAUCGAUAUCAACGAGUGCAAUAUGAACGUGUGCCAGCCAGACCAGGAGUGCCAGAACACCGAGGGAGGAUACCAAUGCACAGAGAGCUGCCCUCAUGGCACCAUGCGAUUACCCAGUGGAACCUGUGGUGAUGUUGACGAGUGUAAAACAGGGGACCACCUGUGUCGAUACAAUCAGAAGUGUGAGAACACAGCAGGAAGUUACCACUGCAGCUGUCCUCCUGGUUAUCGCUCACAGGGUGUGGGGAGACCAUGUUUGGAUGUCGAUGAAUGUCAACAGAUCCCCAAGCCAUGUGUCUACCAAUGUCGAAACCUGGUUGGCAGCUACAAGUGCCUGUGUCCUCCUGGAAAACAGCUACAGGGUGACGCCAAGUCCUGUGCUGGAUUGGAAAAGCCUAAACUGAGCAACAGCACAAUCACAAGCUUCAGACCCCAAUUAGUCUCUAUCAGUCAAUAUAGCCACAACCAGCAGACCAGCCAGAACCAAAUUAACCCCUUCUACACCUGGCUGGGCUGGAAGAUGAACCGGGAAUUUGAGACACAAGACAACAGGAAGUCCUGUCCCACUGGAUACAGAAAGAGGAAUGGGGUCUGUACAGAUAUCAAUGAAUGCCAGACUUGGCAUUUCUGCCAGCAUGAUUGCAAGAACACCCAGGGCAGCUAUCGUUGCAUUUGCCCAUCCGGUUAUCGACUGCUGCCCAAUGGUAGAAACUGCCAGGAUAUUGAUGAAUGUCAGGAACAGAAUAUCAAAUGUGGGCUGAACCAGAUGUGUUUCAACAUGAGAGGCAGCCACCAAUGUAUAGAUACGCCAUGUCCAGCCAGCUACCGGAGGGGAGCCAGCCCAGGGACCUGUUACCGCCGUUGCAUCCUCCACUGCUCAGCCGGUCCCCUGGCAUUUCAGUACAAACUGCUGACCCUCCCUCGAGGAAUCCCAGCCAAGCAUGACGUGAUCCGACUGUCAGCGUUCUCAGAGCGUGGCGUGCUACAGAGCAGGACCAACUUUACUGCCAUUGAGCAGGAUGUGGCAAGUCCCUUUGCCAUUCGCACUGACCAGGGGCGUGGGAUCGUGCACACUCUGCACCCACUGAUGGAACCCAGGGUAUACCGCCUGAAAGUGCGUGCUACCACCUUCAGCGAGCAGGGGCCACUGAAGUACCAGAGUAUAUUUGUCAUUGUCAUUGCUGUGUCCCCGUACCCUUACUGAGGCCAACAGCAGCUUCUGCAUGGAGGGAUGUGUAUUCUUUAACUAUUUUACAAAACAAAGUGUUUAUUUUUUUUCCUCCGAAAGGCUCCGCUUUUUCUCCUGACGGCAAUGAUUUGCUAAGUCUUCCAAGCUUCACACUUUUCAUACCACGUGGAUACCUCUUGUUCAGAGUUACAGAUCAAUGUUUAAGACCCGACGUGAAACUAAAUUCUAUUAAUCUGUUUAUGGGUGGGUUAACACCAGAGACACAAUGAGUCCCAACAUUACUGUUCAAAACAAACAGCACAGUUUAUUAUACAGUGUCCUGAGGUUAGAUACUAAGUCUGUAUAUGAGUGCUGUCCAUACUACUCAGUCUUAGUCCUCACUGAGUAGUUUGGCAAAGACAUCCCCAGUGUAAAAGCUGUAGUUUGAGAAUGUGCCACCCCCUCUCCCCACAUCCUCAGUUUGAUUUGGGCUGAAUUGGGAAGAGCUGCAGGAUCUUCCACCAUUUAAAAGUACUGAGCACCAUCUCCUCAGAGUAGUCCAGGAGCUGACAAGGAGCAUCUCAAUUCUGGCAAACGCCCACUGCCCGAGCAGGCAAGGAUAAGUGAUGCCCUUGCAAACAUGACAUUCAGUAUAUUUAACAGGUAUGGUAUUUUCUUAGUACUCAGUGGGGCAGAAUGCUGGACAAGAUGUGCUCCCCAUAGGCUUGCUACCUGUUUUAUGGGAGAGGUUGGUGUCCUCAUCAAAUUGCGAUUGAGCUUAAGAAUGACCCAUACAAAUCCUGGUAAACAUUUAAUGUUCUCAAUUUGACAUGCUUUCCAAAGGACUUGCUUAAAAACAUUUUGAAGUUAUCCCUUUUUCUUUUCUUGGCACUUACCAAACAGCCUGUUUGAAAGGACUUUCAAUCCUCUGUCACAGCUGUGUGUGAGGAUCUGCCAGAAGAUUAAUAAAACGCCUUUAGGAUGUGUUCACACAGGACCUGUGUGGUGUGGUGUAGAUCCUCUGUAUAUUGCGAUGGAAGUAUUGGUGUUGUCCUUGUCCACUUGCUACUUAUAUCACUGAAAACGUUAUAGUUGAGGUAUGGGAUUGUCAUAUCCAUGGCCUUUAUCACACAGGGAAUAGCUGGCACAGGUUCUCUGGUACUUCCCCACUCAGCAUUCCUCACUUUGAUGUUCAACCAUUCAACAUCUUGACCGCUCCCAAUGGAGUUCUAUCCCCUUAUCUUGUCUUCCUCUCUGUCAUUAAUACCUUCAAAAUCUAUUUUUUCAUUGCACUUUCAGUCAACUCUCCUGUGAGUUCUGUCACUUAGUUGAUGUACUCCUAAAUCUUUUACAUUCAAUGUCCCUUUUCUACUCUGCUGCCCGGACCACGUCACAGACAUCACACCACUUCCUGCCUCAGUAAGCUAGUCUUGCACUUGCUAGUCUCAAUGGAGUUUCACCACAACGUGUGGACCUCACUGUGCACACUCAGGUAGAAGGAGCUCAAAGGCAGCAGCAGUAAUUGGAAAGCCAAGCAUAACUAUGUUCUUUUUUGUAGAAGUCAUUGUUGAUAUAUGGGUUUAAUGUUUCUCAUUUGUGAACUAACUGCUAUACAUAUUGUAACCACUGAGGUGUUUGAAUAUGUUGUGCUGAAUUAUAAGAUCCACUGUCUGAAGAGUGAAUUAUAACAGAGUGCUCAAAGUCCUGAGACAGGCAGCUGUGAUUUUUAUUGUAAAACAGUGCCCCAAAUUCUGCAUAAAAUGUCGUUUUUCCCUAUUUAUUUGUCUUUGUGACAAGGUCCUAACAUGUUCAGGGAAACAUUAAAAUGAGGAAUUAAGGAAA